AUAUGAUAAAGUAAUUUCUGUAAACUAUAUUUACUAUGAACCAUUUUUACUUUGAAAACUCUUUUUUUUUUUUUUUUUAAAAGGAUGGAAUAAAACCUAAUGAUUAUGUUCACGAAAACAGGUGAAAGUAGUUGUUUGUAAAACUCACUUACAACAAGAAGUAAAAGGAUUAAUUAAUAUUUACAUUGACUAAAUAAUUAAAAAUAAGAAAAAAAUAACAACCCACGACCCCAAAGACCGCGGCAAUUUCUCACAAAGAACGACAGUAACGUCCCCCCAUUUUACCCAUUACUCCUCUUUUCUUUCGUUCCACUCUGUCAACUCUAAACCCCCACUUUCUUUCCUAACCCCCCAUUUUUCCUCCUUAUAUAAACUAUAAACCUCCCUCUCUUUUUCCUAACCUCUCUCACUUCUCCUCUAAACAACAAUGGCUCCUUCUUCCCUCCCUUCCUUCCUCUUUUCCUUCCUCCUCCUCUCCACCUACGCCCUCGCCGUUGAGACCGGACAAAUUGGGAUCAACUACGGAAGAAUAGCGAACAACCUUCCAACCCCCGACAAGGUGGUACAACUCCUUAAACAACAAGGAAUAACACGUGUGAAGCUCUACGACAGCGAUGCAAGCGUCUUAAAAGCCUUCUCCGGUUCAAAAAUAGCCGUGACCGUCGCCCUCCCAAACGAAAAGCUAGCCGAAGCAGCCGGUAGCCAGUCAUUCACGGACUCAUGGGUGCAAACCAACAUCCUACCAUACCACCCGAGCUCGAACAUCAUUGCCAUCGCGGUCGGGAACGAAGCCAAUGCCGACUCCAAAGUCACAUCCUACGUCGUUCCCGCCAUGAACAAUGUCUAUGCCACCUUACAAAAAAAUUCUCUUGCAAAUGACAUUAAGAUAUCUUCUCCUAUUUCUUAUUCCGUCCUCCAAAGCUCGUACCCGGCUUCAUCCGGGUCUUUUAAACAGGAACUUAUGGACCCGUUUAUUAAGCCUAUGCUUGAAUUCUUGAAGAAAACUAAGUCUUAUAUGAUGGUUAAUGCUUACCCGUUUUUUGCUUAUUCGGCUAAUUCCGGUGAUAUUUCGUUGGAUUAUGCCUUGUUUAGGCCCAAUUCUGGUAAUGUGGAUUCGGGUAAUGGGCUUAAGUAUAAUAGCCUUUUUGAGGCCCAAUUGGAUGCUGUUUAUGCUGCUAUGGAUGCCCUUAAAUUCAACGACCUCAAAAUUGUCGUCACUGAAACAGGUUGGCCAUCAAAAGGAGAUGAAAACGAAAUUGGAGCAAGCAGCCAAAAUGCAGCAGCAUACAACGGAAACUUAAUCAAAAGAGUCUUAACAGGUGGUGGGACCCCCUUAAGGCCCAAAAUUCCAUUGGACGUUUACUUAUUCGCUUUGUUCAACGAAAACCAAAAGCCCGGCCCAACAAGCGAGAGAAAUUAUGGGCUUUUUUACCCAACUGAGCAAAAAGUCUACGAUGUCCCUCUAACCGCGUCUAAAGCUGCGGCGGCGGCUCCGGCAGUCGGCGCGGUGGCACCAGCGACAGGUGCAGUGGCUCCGGAAGCUGGUGCGGCGGCUCCGGCGACAAAGGCGGUGGCUCCGGUCGGUGGUGCGGUGGCGCCGGCGGCUGCGAAUAAUGCCGGAAAGACGGUAGUCCCUAAAGAGGGCCAGAGUUGGUGUGUGGCUAAUGAGGCUGCCGAGGCCAAGAAGUUGCAAGCUGGGCUUGAUUGGGCCUGUGGUCAGGGGAAAGCGGACUGCCGUCCGAUUCAGCCUGGUGCCACGUGUUACAAUCCGGGUAACCUUAAUGCACAUGCUUCGUAUGCUUUUAACAGUUACUAUCAAAUGAAGACACGUGCGGCUGGUACGUGUGAUUUUGGUGGUGCUGCUCAUGUUGUAACACAAGCUCCUAAAUUUGGAAGUUGCGAGUUUCCUACUGGCUAUUGAUGAGAAUGAAGGAAGGACAUAUAUGGAUUUAUAAAGCAUUAUUAAUAUUAUUGAAUAGAUUUAGUGUUUUAUUAUCAUAUUAUGCACAUUAGUAUAGUACUAUUGUUAUAAUGAGUGAUUUAUUCACUUGUUAGUAAUUUUUUUUAGAUGAUAUAGAUUUUAUAGUAUUCUUUUACUAUUUAUGUAUCUAAUUCUUUCCUACUAGUCCUAGUAUUCAAGAUGGAGAUCAAGGUUAUGGAUUUCUUGGCAUAUAUAUAAAAUUUAUUUUCCCUUCUAUUUUGCCAUA